AUGACGAUAGAACAAGACCUGAAACGGUCGUUGGCAGAUGUCUCACACAAUCUCCACCAGCCGUGUAAGCGCUUUCAUUCUUCUUCUGUUUACGACAGCGACAGUAAUUACAACUUAAGCACGGACGAUACGAUGCUAACGUGUGGAUCAACUGGAAUAAACGGAUUAGACGGGACCUCCAGCAGGCGAGAUAGCGGGGCUGUGUGCGAUGCGUACGAUGAUAGUAACAGUUAUAGUAACACACACGCGCAGUUGGAUUUCAGGACGUGUGGGGGCUCUCGUGUGCGCUGUGAAAGCUCCAUGGUGCUUGCUAAGGCUGCACGUCGCAUCACACGGACACAACCGCAACCACAACUACAAUCACAGUCACUAGCUAUACCUGUAAGGCAUAGUAUAUCGACAGACGAAUACGCUACACUGCUAUGUAGAGCUGAGCCAGAUACAGUAGCCAUGAGCGACAGAGACCUGUAUAACGAGUGGGUGUUUAAUAGUGAUAACAGCUACACACCUAGCCAGAUCAGAUGGCUGCAGAAACACCAACCGGCUAUGGUAGGUGAUGCAUUAGGCCGGGGUCAUGUCAGUAACGGGGUUUGGGGUGACGACUAUGGGAACAAUACAAAUGCGAAUGCGAGGCGUACGCACUGCGAUACCGAUGAGGUGCUGAGGCGACAAGUGGCUCGGUUUGGAUCCAAGCUGCGCACCACACAGUCUAGCUUUCUGUGA